AUGGGGAGGCUACGAGACCAGAACAGUCGUGUCGGCAGCUGCACAUGGUGCCUAUUCGAGGCACACACGGAGGCCAAUGUCGGGCGCGGGGCCACCGUGCGCUUCCGUGGCUACACCCAAGCAGUCAGCCAGCACUUCGUAAAGCGGAAUGCAGGCAAGAGCCUGAAGGUCGGCGCCCGGGCUCUCAAGAAGACCCAUCGGCAUUUCGUCAGCGCGGGCAGUGUCAUGCAGGCAAUGUACAGGAUGCUCCACCUUGGGACUCCACACAAGAUCACGCAGAAGCAGUUCGAUGAGGCGGCGCUCCAGACUGGGUGCAAGGGCCUGACUGCCUUUGCGGCCCUGCCGUACGUCGACCUGUCGUGCCUCUUCACCGUCUCCACCGGCCAUGCCCUGCUGUUCGGAGUGGUCAGCGACUUUGUGGACUACACGCUGAGGUCGCUCAAAGACAUCAAGCCAGCAGACCCAGAUGCCAAGCUGGUCAUGUCUCGUGAAGCACGCCAGCGGUUCGCGGCCCGCGGCCAGUUCCUGGUCAUGACUUCGGACUUCGGGCGGCGGUACAAAUGCAUCAUGCAGUACCGCAAGAGCUACCGCAUGGAGGACUGGCUGCACUUCGUUGAGACGUUCUCCAGCUACAUCUUCAAGGGGGACGUGCUGCCCGAGGCCUUGCGGGCCCUGUGUUGGAGCCUGUGCAGCACGGUCACGCACUACUUCUGGCCGCGGCCCCCCGACGAGACCCGUGAGCAGUUCCUGGUGGCAGCCAAGGCGGCUGCAUGCAAGCUCAGAGCUUACACGACCAGGCUGGAGGAGUUGGAGGUGCCGGACUACAUGUUCACGGUCAACCUGCAUAUCUGCAUAUGCCGGCUGUACGACCAGGAGUGCCAGCUUGGGUCCGCGGCAGGGUUCUCCGACCUGCCGGUGGAACGCAUGAUGCAGCAAAUGAAGACGCAAGGCGGAAGGAUGGUGUCACAGGCACCCGAGAAGCACUACACGCAGUGGCUGUGCCUGAUGCGGGCCUCCGAGUCGCUCACCGAGGCAGACCCCGCGACCGGGGCCAAACACACGACCAACCAGCAGCUUGAGAGGAUGUUGGCACGGCGCGCAGUGAACACCGAGGCUGCCUGGUUUGAUAAACCAGGAGCCAACGGUUACCUGCUUGGAUGA